CCUACGAGCGCUUCAGCAGUGCACGCGCCGUUGUUGUGAUUGAGGUGUAGGUAGUCGUCAUGUUGAACUUUCGUUUUGCUGUUUGGUCCCACCGCGAACGCGUUUUAACUAACUGAAUAACGAUGUCCGAUAUAUUGAUGAAAGAAAUGGAGAGUUUGUCGAUCAGUCCAGUGAAGCCGGAAGAGCGUCCCGACGGCGACCGGAGCUUCCUGCUCGUGGACGAACAGGAAAACCUGCAGAUCCAUGAUGAGGCCAAGUUUGUGGAGCGACUUGGCUGUGUCGAUGUAGCGGGCGUCAAGGUCCUAUCCAUCUUUGGAAACACCGGUGAUGGCAAGUCCCACACGCUCAAUCACGUCCUGUUUGGUGGCGAGACUGUUUUCUACACCUCCAAGUCCCCCAGCUCCUGUACGGUGGGAGUUUGGGCUGCUUACAACCCCACUCUCAGCCUCAUUGCGCUGGAUACAGAGGGCCUCUUAGGAGCCGCAGCCAAUCAGAACCAGAGAAUGCGUCUGUUGCUGAAGGUGCUGGCAGUGUCAGAUAUAGUGGUGUAUCGUACGCGGGCAGAGCGUCUUCACAAUGACAUGUUCCAGUUCCUCAGUAGUGCCUCAGGGGCCUACCUGAAGCACUUCACCCCAGAGCUGAGGGCCCUGUCCACCCGCUGUGGUCUGGAUGUGCCCCUGUCUUCUCUGGGCCCUGCUGUCAUCAUCUUCCAGGAAACAACGCACACCCAACUCCUGGGCCAAGACUCAAAGGUGGCUGUCCAUGCAGACACACUCCUCCAAAAGCGUUUUCAUGACCAGGGUUUGGGGACAGAGGCCUUUAGCUCAGUACAGUAUGUAGGCACCCAGACCAUCACACCUCCCACGGACUACAGAGGGCUGCUAGAGGCCAUUAGGCAGCAAGUGAAAAACACUCACACACGCUCUCCCCGCCAGCCCGGGAUAGUGUUCCAUGCACUAGAAGCUCUGAGUGAGCGUUUCUGUGGAGAACUAUCAGAUGAAAAGAUGACACUGUACUCCUUCUUCCCAGAUGAAUACUUCACCUGCUCAGCUCUCUGUCUCAGCUGCAACAUUCGCUGUAAAAAUGGAAUGAACCAUCUGAGAGACAGGGUUCCCCACAUGGCAGAUGGACUGUGCCAAUAUGCACACCAGUACAACAACAAGGUCCUCAUUUGCAAGAGGUGCUAUGAAGCAGGCAGAGAGGUGAUUGUUGUUCCCAAAACAUCAGCUUCCACUGACAAUCCCUGGUUUGGACUGGCCAAAUACGCCUGGUCCGGAUAUGUGUUGGAGUGUGCUAGCUGUGGGGUAAUCUACCGCAGCAGACAGUACUGGAUGGGAAAUCAAGACCCAGAGAGCGGUGUGGUGCGAUCUGAGGUCAAGCACGUCUGGGAGGACUCCGAUGCUUUCCUGACCAGCCACCAAAAUGCUGCCCAGAGGGUCUUAGAUGGGAUGAACUAUGUGAUUCAGUCAGUAUCAGAAUACGGCACUGGCCCCACCAAAGCUGUCACUUCCUGGAUCACUGACCAGGUGGCGCCUCCAUACUGGAGACCUAAUACAGAGAUCACUGCCUGUCAUGGGUGUCAGAAGGAGUUCAAGGAGGCAGACAGGAAGCAUCACUGUCGAUCAUGUGGGGAGGGUUUCUGCCAUCCUUGUUCCAGCCACAGGAUGCCGGUGCCAGAGAGGGGCUGGGGCAGCAGCCCUGUCAGAGUGUGUGAGGCCUGCUACCGCCAAGGAGGGCCUUCUGACACCAACAGCCAGGUGUGUAAGGUGGAGCCUCGUGGACUCAUAGCUCGCAGGGUGACAGAGGUGGCACAGUCGACACUGGACAUGGUCACCACCGCUGUGGACUACCCUCUCUGUUUCAUGAAGGACGUGGCUCGGCCAGACUACUGGGUGCCAGAUCAGGACAUCACCACGUGCCACCAGUGCUCCAAACCUUUCACUCCAGCCAUGUCGAAGCACCACUGCAGGGCCUGUGGGCAGGGCGUGUGUGGGCCCUGCUCCACACAUAACAAGCCUGUGCCCUCUCGAGGCUGGGACCACCCGGUCAGAGUGUGUGACAGUUGUCACGCCCGCACGGACAGCCUGUGACCUUUUCCACCAGGCAAACUUCUCAAAGGGCACUCAGUUCUUCUCAGAUGGGCUACAAGAACACUGUGAAUCUUGGCACUACUGCUCCAGGGAAACAAGAGGAAUGGACUUAAUGGCAGGUCUGGAAUCAGCCUUGUUUUAUGUGAAAAGGGGAGCUGCUCAUGAUCACCAUCUGGAUUCCACGCUAUUAGGACUGACCUAGGAUUCGCCUUUUAUCUCAUCUGCCUUCUUGACCAACUGAUUUUGUGUCAGCUGUUAGAUGAUUAACGGCCCCAACUGACCAAUCAGAAUGAUUUAACUGGACAAAUGGAAAGCUGGACAUGUGUUUUUGACUGACUGCUUUUAAAAAUUAAGACUUUCAACUCCAUCAAUUAUCAUUAUAACAGCAGAGCUUGAACUCUUAACUGCACUCGAGGGUGGUCUUCCAUGCUCAUUACUUUCUCUUUGCGCAGACCAGCAGCUGGGCACAGAUUUUCAGUUUGAAUAUGCUCGUAGCGAAAUCUGACAGCAGGACAAUUAAAAGGGAAGUACUGGGAAUAGUGAGAGAUUUUCAAGUUUGAAGGACUUUUUAAAACUUAGCAAGCCAUUGCAACCACUUACAUGGUGACUUUUUUUUUUUUUUCCUUUUCCACAUCGACAGCUUCUGAACCUGCAAACCUGUAAACCCUGGCUGGUUAAGGACUAUGAAUAAUCAUGAUUUUGGAAAACAACAUGUUCCUACAGUACUCAGGGCAGAAUGCAAUGCAAAUUGGAGAAACACAAGCUUCAGCAGUGUGUGCCUUCAUGGGAAUCUUAACACCCAUUUAUAUAACCCCCUCGGGUUGGCUUUUGGAGAUUUCUCCAUAUGUGCAAAUACUGAGAUCAUUUGUGCCUAAUUACAGAGCCGCGUCAUUUAUAUCCCCCCGUCCUCUCAUGAAGUUGUAUCUGCAGUAUAAAAUAUGUAGCUUAUGUCAUUUUAGACAUUCCAUAAUAUGGAAGUACUUGUGUACUAAUGUAGAUUUACCUUUCUGGGGUUGUAAUAGAGGUGAAGCACUGAUGUUUCCAGGUUUCCUU